CAUUGGCUGGAAAUCGGUUGGGUGUAGGAUAAGCGUGAGACACAUACUCCGUACGGCGUUUACUUACCAUUUACGACUUGUGUACCACUACGACCGUUCGAACAAUAAGUACUGUAGGUAAGGGAUUUCGGUUCGUAAAGUCUGGUAGAGAACAUGAGGAUCCAGAGCAUGAGGAUCUGGAUGUUUUGGGUGGCUGGCUCCUCCCGGAAAUUGCCGAAUCGCGUAGGCUGCCCUUUUCCCUGGAGGUUGGUCAGCCUAGCGUUCUUCCCUGUAUUUUCGUUGCGGCAGAUGACGCGACGCGUUUGGCAGUUCGGUGACUUCGUCCAAUCCCACGGCGAUUUCACCAUCUCAGUUCACCACCACAUCUUCACUCACCAGCUCAUAUGCAUUGAUACUAGUAUGGAAUACUGUCCUUGUUGCCGGUAUUAUUAUAUGGACGAUACAUAUUGUUCCUAAGCACCGUAUUGAUACCUGUAUUGAGUCAGCAUUGAGCCACAGGCGGAGGAGUCCAAUUUGCGCUGCAGUCCAUCAUUCAAAGUCUGG